GCCGGACAAUACUACGUUACUCAAAUUAUUCUGUAUUAUUAACAUACGUGUACAACCGCGAGCUCUACAAUUCUAAUAGUUUGUAAAGUGCGGUUAUUGCAGCAACUGAUUCCUCUUUACACAUUUUUUUUUAAUAUUAGUUUUAUUGGUGGUAUAUGAUUUUCAGUGUAGUGAAUUUUGUGUCGGUUCUGAAGUUACUCAUAGUGCAUUAUUAUCAUCAUCAUAAGGAUGUCCACUGCUGAACACGGGCCUAGUCAAUCAGCGCAAUAAGUGGGGACGAUGAGGGAACAGGAAGGCGACGGCCCGGAGAGCCGUUAGCCGGACUCGAUGGAUGAGUAUGGCGGGCCGGCGGCGCCGCCCCGGCCGCCCAAGCCGGCGGCGCGCGUCCAUAGGCCCACGGGCGCGCGCCAGCCCACCGUGUCGCUGCUGCGGCCGCGACCCGAAGCCGAGCGUGAGCGCAACGCCUACGUGGAGGCGCCGCGGCGUGCGCACGCGCACUCACCGGUGCACGCGCACGCGCACUCACACGCGCACCAGCCGCUCAAGCCGGUGACGACGCAGCCGGCCGCCGCGGGCGACAAGCGGCGCGCCGGCGCGCUCCCGGCCGACUCGAUCGUGUGCGAGGCGUGCGGCCGCUGCCGCUGCGAGCAGUGCGCGCGGCCGCGGCCGCUGCCGUCUCGCUGGCUGUGCGGCUCGUGUCUGUGCAGCGCGGAGGCGUGCGUGGACUACGCGUCGUGCAUGUGCUGCGUGAAGGCGCUGUUCUACCACUGCGGGAGCGGCGAGGAGGAGGCGGGCGAGCCGUGCGCGCGCGGGCCGCGGCUGGCGUGCGUGGCGGCGCUGGCGCUGCCGCUGCCGUGCCUGUGGCUGUACUGGCCGCUGCGCGGGUGCGCGGCGGCGGGCGCGGCGCUGUACGCGCGGCUGCGGCGCAGCGGGUGCCGCUGCCCGGAGCCUCCGCCGCGGCUCUCCAGUAUUAUCUAGUCCCGCCGCGCGCGCCGCCCGCUCCGAAGAAGCGCCGCGUCGCGUCCAGCGUAGCGUUGUACAAAUAUUUAUUGGCGAGCGGCGAGCGGCGAGCUUCGGACCGUGGUGGUGCAGUCGGAAGCCGCGGAGUCGCCGCGCGGAGCCGCGAGUGGUGUGUGGGGCGCGGGGCGUCGCGGACAGAGCCCCGCGCUCGCGAGUGAAUCGUCUACGAGUACCUUGUAAAUAUAGUUGUAUAGUGUGAAUGUACGUGAACGUGUCGCCCGAACGUCGAAAGUCUCAAAUUUUCUUGAGACCUUAACGUGUCAUAAGAAAACGUUAACGUUAGUAUUUUGGAUUCCACGCAAAUCCAGAGAAGAUUAAGAAAUGAGAUAUAAAACAUACUUAUUAAGAUGUAGAUAAUUUACCAUUUAUUUAUUAACUGAAUUUGUAUUUAUUUGUAAAUAAAACGACAACAUUAUAUUAUAAAUACGAAUGUUUACUACA